AUGUGGCACAGCCAGGACGCAAAGCUUUGGCAAAAAGCAGACGUGGCCUCCCCUCCAGAACUGCAGGUUCAGCCUGCACUGAAUGACAUGCCUGAGGCUGUCAAGGAUGCAGCGAUACCACCGCGCAAUAUAGCCCCUGGCCGGGCAAAAUCGACCAGAACUUGGAAGCGGGCAUGUGCUCAUGAGGACUCGUCCGAUUUGGACUGGAGUUUGGAGGAGCAGUAUGAUGAUUCCUAUAUGGACCAUUACAGUGUGGAAUAUUCCGACUCUGGGUCUGAAAUAAAAGUAUUCAUUGCGACCCAGGAGGUUACGGCUCAGGGCACUAUGCCUGCUGAAUCAGGCGAGGGCGACGAUUUGCGGGACCCACUGGGUAACCCGUUAUGUGACCCAGAUGACCUCCGUCACCCUCGCUUGGCGGAAUGGGAGCCGCCUGCGCACAUCGCGAAGUACCUCGCACUUAGGGUGCGCAAGCCUUUAUCCAAAGAAGGGCAUAACAAGCUACGGCGGAAUGCCCAUGGCCCAUCCUCCCAGACUCAGUGGGAAAAACACCUGACAUGGACCCUCAAUUGGUCCAAUUCUUAA